AUUGAGGCAAAUUGGAAGGUGUCAUGAAUAUGCCUUUCUUCGAGAUAAGCGCAGAACAAAACGCAGCAAAGAGGAAGAACCACAUCAAACACCAAAGACAUUUUUCUUUUAGGUUAAGAUUGACAGGUGAAAGAAAAACAACUGGAAAUAUCUAUUUAUGGGUUAUAGUUGAGGAAUUGAUGAUACCAACCUGUGUUGCCAAAAUACUUGUGAAAUUGUCAUCAUGAAGAUGAUAUAACACGCUCCAUGUAAGCGCGUUCAAGCAUUUCUCUAUGAACAUCAAUGUUCUACGGUGGGUCGAAGGUUCAUCACCCCAAGAACUUCAAUCUCAAUGAUCAUCGAUUCCCACGUUGACCUUUGAUACCCACUCAUUUCAAUUUGUUUGAAAUCAAAAUAAAAUAAAAAAAAACUAUGCAAUUUGUCAGAACACAGAUUCCAAGAAUAAGAUUCGGGCUCGUUUCAUUUUCCAGAGCCUCUAUUUAGUUUCUGUUCCUAUUUCUAUUUGGUUUUUUUCCAUGCAAUUUUCUCAAAGUUUCAGGCUUUCUCCUUCAAGGGAAUAAUCUGCCGUUGGGGCCUCAUGCCCAACUUCAGUAAAGAAAGGAAAUGAUCUUGUUUGUGAGAUUAAUUUUCUUUUGAAUUAUGUCUUUCCUGGUUUAAGCUUUCUUAUUUCAAACCUAUUGCGUCGUUUAUGUUUCUUCAUUUUGAGUUGUAUUAUUAUGAUUAUAUUUUGAUUUUGUUUAUGUGGAGUUUGCAUAAUGGUAGUGCAAGAUGAUCAUGGCCUUAUGUUAUAUCACCAUGCAGAGAAACAGUGGAAUAAUACAUGGAUGUUAUCAGAUUGUAGCCUCAUCUUGAUUUGGUUUCAAACUGGAUGGUGGAGAUGUCUCUACAACAUGAAAAUUCUGAUACCAAUGAUGUAUCAGGAUCAGGAUCUUGCCUUUAUGAUCUCUUUUGUUCUGAAACACCAAGUAUGAAUACUCAAAGUCAAAGAGAACGAUGGAUGUCUUCUGGUCCACAAAAAAGGCUGGACAGUCUGACUCGUCAAGCUGGAAACAAGUUUUGUGCUGAUUGUGGGUCAUCAGAGCCAAAAUGGGUGUCUUCAAGUCUUGGAGUAUUUAUUUGCAUCAAAUGCUCUGGUAUACACAGAAGCCUUGGCGUCCAUAUAUCAAAGGUUCUAUCACUGAAGCUAGAUGAAUGGACAGACGAACAAGUUGAUGCAUUGGUGAAGUUGGGUGGAAAUACGGUAAUCAAUAAGAAGUACGAAGCUUGCCUUCCAAAUAACAUGAGAAAACCAAAGCCAAAUUCUUCUAUUGAGGAGCGCUCAGAAUUUAUUAGGAGAAAAUAUGAGCUGCAACAGUUUUUGGAUACUGAGGAGAAUUUGUCUUGUCCCUUUGUACCUAAUGCAAGAAGUUCAUCAUCUACGUAUAACAAUAUCGCGAUAGACAAAAAACAUUAUGAUAAACAACCUACUAAAAUUCGUAUUGGGAAUGCAUUUCGAAACAGUUGGGGAAGAAAAGAUUCUGAGCAUAAGAGUUCAAAGAAAAGCAACUCAUUGGCAGGUAUGAUUGAAUUUGUUGGCUUGAUCAAAGUCAACGUAGUUAAAGGCACUAACCUAGCUGUUCGGGAUGUAAUGACGAGUGACCCUUAUGUCAUUCUUUCUCUAGGUCACCAAUCAAUGAAGACGCGCGUCAUAAAGAGUAAUUUAAAUCCGGUUUGGAACGAAAUCCUAAUGUUGUCAAUUCCUGACAGUAUUCCUCCUCUUAAAGUGGUUGUGUAUGAUAAGGACACUUUCUCUACCGAUGAUUUCAUGGGUGAGGCUGAAAUAGACAUUCAACCUCUAGUUACAGCUGCAAAGGCAUAUGAGAAAUCUUCAAUCAACGAAUCCAUGCAGCUUGGAAAAUUGAUAGCAAGUGGUGACAAUACUCUUGUAAAGGAUGGUAUUAUCACUCUUGAUGAUGGAAAGGUAAGACAAGAUAUAUCAGUAAGACUACAAAAAGUUGAAAGAGGUGUGCUAGAGAUUGAGCUUGAGUGUGUUCCUUUAACUCAGUAAAUAAAAUAGAAUUUGAGGGUCAAAACCUUGCAAAAUGCAUUUUGGAACAAACAUCAAUGUAGAUUAUCCGGUCUUAAUUCCACUUUGUACAUUAUUUUGUGAUACUAAUUACCAUCUUUUUGUACAAAUAUAAUGAAAAAUAAGUAAGAGUUUU